GAAUUUAAAUCGCGGCGCGGAAGGGUUGAAUAUCUUUGAUGGCUUAAUGACUAUAGAUUAAUAAUCAACUCCGAUUACUUAAAUGUCGCACACUUGUGCAGAGCUUCAGUACGACUACACCUCCGCGGUCGUCGAUGAAUCACAAGACUCAAAUAGACGGGCAUUUCCCCAAACGACCUCGCGACGUCUGCGCCGCGAUUCCUGCGUGAGGUAGAGAAAACCGCGUUUCGUGUGACUGUGUUUAGCCAAAUACACUUGAAACAAUGGGAGCAACACGAAUUUACCUAAUGGGCGUGGUUUUAGCUGUUCUCGUAAGUCUGAACUUAUUCGUGACAAACAAUAACACGAAGCGACACCUUCAAAACGAAACACUGGCAUCAGCUGCGUCAAAUCGCAAUGGACAUAAGGAUAAGGUUUACCUACAAGGAGAGGUAUAUGCAGUGAGGGAGAUCAGUGACCCGAGAAAUUAUCAACGAAAUCGCACCGGCUUACGGAUGUUGUCUUCUGUCUAUAAACACCUUCCGAAGAUCAAGAGAAAAUUUUCAUCCGUUUCCUCACAACUGAUGGAUUUGGUUACGAAGCUUCAGCAAGAUAUUACCCAAAGAGGAAUAACGGAUCAGCCCUGGGCUUUGGCGGACAAAUGGGCCACUACGGAGUCCCUGGUUCCAGAGCCGGCCUCCGGAUUAGGGGACGUUCUGGCCGCCCUCUCCACGGCGCCCAUCACGGCGGCCGACGUCGGGCACGGAGGGACGCAGCUCAAGCUCUUUCUCAACCUGGAUGGGGGGCAGGCGGUGGUGUUUAGGCCAGUGAGGAAUACUCUCGGUGUGGUUUAUGACACUAUAUAUAGUGGGUUGGAUCGCCCUGAUGGAGAAAUCGCUGCGUUCCAUCUCAGCAGACUUCUGGACCUCCGGAUGGCGCCCCUCGCCGUCGGUCGCUCCUUGUCCCUGAGGAGAGACAUCAUGCCCGUUUCCACGGAAAGACUUAACAGCACUUUCUUGACUGGGGAAUUCUUGCAGCACCCGAAGGUACUAGUCAUGGCACCCAUGAGUGCCAUGGCAGCCAGUCUGGGAGCUACUGCCUUGUUGCCUAUUUUCACAGGGGUUUGGCCGGUCAAGAAUUAUUGCUCCGAGGCCAAGAACUGUACUGAUCUGUGUUUGAAACGGCUUAUAUCUCUAGUGUUCUGA